AUGAAGUCAUGGAAGAGCUGGGCCAGCAUUGCCUCCAGCUUCUUCUUCGGGCUCCAAUACUGCGCCUUCGUGGGUCUGUUGGGGAGCGUGCCCCGACGCAGCACAGCGAUGCCAGGGCGGGCCCGAACCCCGCAUCUGGAUGUGGUCAUCGCACAUUGUGACAGACCGCUGGGCUGGGUCUCCAAGUUUGUCACGCGGAACGUGUCCAACGUGACCAUCAUCAGCAAGUGCAACCAGACGGUCGAAGGGGCUCCUCCGCAAGCUCGGAUCGUGCGGUUGGGCAACGUGGGCCGCUGCGAUCACUCCUACGCGCACUGGCUGGCGCAGCUGCAGGAUCGCGUACCAUCGGACCGGCAAGGCAGCGACCUGAUCCUGUUCAUCAAGGACAACGACAUGUCUGCGCGCUACAGUGAGCAUGGCGUCAUGGACCGGGCAGUGCCCUUCGAUGAGAUGGUCCAAUCCGCCACGGGCCCGUCGCGGUUCGCCUGUGGGCGUCAGUGGUUCUCCCGCAGGGGUGGCCAGCCCAGCACCUACCAUGUGAAGGCCGUGCUGGGGAGCUUUGCCAUGCGGGCGUACAACAGAACUGCUGGCAAGCUGGCAUCCCCCCAGGGUUCUUCCGGGCCUUUUCAGUCCAAGUACAAGCACAUGAGGGCCUGGAUGCAAGAUGUGGGUAUCGCGGAACUCCUGAAGAACCAGACGGUUGUGCGCGUGUGCUACGGCGGCGCAUUUCUCACAACCUACUCGCAGACGGUACUUCCGGCUUCGAGGACCUGGCAAAAGAUCGAGGCGUCGCUGGCGCGGGGCGAAAGCAUCGAGGAGGGCCACUUUGCGGAGAGGUCCUGGGCGGCCUUGCUGUCCACUCCACUCACUCUGCAAGACGAGGUGAAGGCUUUCACCUAUCUCAAGACCAUCCACUUCGCGCCCCCACUGAAUGGCAUGAUCCUGCAGCGCUGA